AUCGGCUUCUUCCUCUAUGACUGUGAGCGACCUUUCGCCGUACUUUGACCUCCGGAGAUGUGGCUCUUGGAAAAUGAAGAGGCCUUUGAUGGCCGUCGGUUGUGGUUGCGACCAGGCAAGACGUACCUCUUCGGCAGGACCGCCGCAGAGCCUGGCCAACUCGCAAUCUCACAUAAUACGAUUUCCCGGAAACACUUGACGAUUACUGUCGAUAAGGUCGAGGAUGGACGAUCGCAGAGCCCCAAGCAUCGGUCGACACUCACGAUCGAGGACUUGAAGACUAAAACUGGGACUGUUGUCAACGGAGAAAAGAUCAAGGGCAAGAAAUAUGAGGUCACGACAGCGUCAGCGGAUAUUACUAUGGGUAAAUGUCCCAACAAAUUUCGCAUUACGUGGAACCCAGUUGUAUUCUCCUUUGUCUUCACGAGCAAGGAGAUGCAGACCAACCCCUUAGUGCAACUUCAGGAGAGGUUCGAGCAACUAGAUGUUAAACUCGUGACAGAAUUCACCAGCGCCACCACACAUGUUGUCUCGAAGAAACGCAACACAGCCAAAGGGCUUCAGGCGCUGAUUAAUGGGAAAUACAUCGUCAACGAGACAUUUCUCAAUGCAGUUGUGGAGGCUGCAACCAUACCUGAGGGUGCCGAUGUUACCGAAUCGAGUGCCCUAGAGAAAGAUUUUGAUGCACACUGGCCGACUGCUAUGGAGCACUUACCACCACGAGGCGGAGAGCCAGUGCAGCACCCAGACUCGACAUAUAGUCCCGAUCUUGAGAGAAACGAGAUUUUUAAUGGGUAUACCUUCAUAUUUUACGACAAGUCACAGUACAACAACCUCCUAGCGCCAAUUACCAGUGGUAGUGGCAAGGCUUUACUCGGCGACGUUGUCGCCAAUCAGACUGAAGUGGACGAGUUCGUCCAAUAUGUCAAACAUGUUGCAGGUGAGAAGGGGCUGGGCGCUUUUGAUGACGGAAGCGAGGGCAAGGGUGUUGUGCUGGUCAGAUACUUGCCGUCCAAAGGCUCUGGGGUCAACUGGUACACCGAGUUCAUCACGGCAGUGUCAUUGCGAUUGGAUCACCGCCCAAUCGAACAGAGCGAGUUCUUGGAAGCAAUUCUAAUCAAGGACGCGAGCAUUCUCCGCCGGUCGCUCGAGGUCGAGUCGACACAGAAUACCCAGGACCCUCAAGGAGCCGCCCCAAGUGUGCAGCCAGGCCCUGCACCACAAACUGCCAGCCACGAUGUUGAAGCAGAAACGCCAGCACCCGAACCUGUCCAAGAAUCGCAACCUGCCCCUAGAAGGGGUAGAACUCGGCGACCAGUGAAAAGGCGGUUUGCAGGCUUUGACGAUGACGCAGACAUCGACAUGGACAAUACGCCGCCGGUUCCUGUUGUUGAAAGCCAUCCCCCAGCCGAGGAAGAAGGCGGGCUGUUUGAACUUUCAACGAACACCCGACGAUCACAGAGGAAGCGACAUGCAUCUCCCCUCCCAGAAGAUGACCUAAUGGAGGGUAUGGCCCCAGCAGCGGCAAAGUUCAAGCGGCAGCGGCUGGAGCGAGGAGAGGACCUAAAUCCACCCACUCCAGAACCCGAGGAGGCUGCUGAGACCGCGCAACCAGAGCCAAAGAAGAAGAUCAAGAAAGAAUUUGACAUUCUGGCGAUGGCGGCACAAAAUCGAGAACAGGAGGAAGCCAGAGCUCGGGCAGAGAAAGAGGAUUUGGCCAACCUCCCCGAUGAUGUCGAUCUUGCUGAAAUUCGCCGGCUCAACAUCGUGGAGGAAAUUGAAGUGCGGGCCCCGGCCUCACAAACUAGGUCGCGGGAGCAAGACGUUUUGAACGGCCGAUGGAACCCGAAAUGGAACGGCAUGCAGAACUUCAAGAAAUUCCGGAAGCGUGGAGAGACGACUGGAAGACCACCCGCAAGGGUCAUCGUGGCCUUGACAGAAGUGAAGAACAAGGAGUUUGGCGUGGGUGAUGAUUACUGGCUCGAGGACGAAGACAGCUAUGGCAAAAAGAAACAGACAAGCCAGCCUUCCGGUCUCGAGUCGCAAGGCUCAGCGGCGACGGUACCACCUCCACCUCCUCCCCCGAAGCCUGCCCAGAGGCAAGUUGUCGGAGUUAUACUCUCAGAUAGCAGCGACGAUGACAACGGCAAGACCCAAGAAGCGGAGCCCGCGCCACGAACGCGAACACGAGCAUCUGCCUCGCAGUCUCAAAGUAACACUCGGAGCCAGUCAUCGAGGGUGACUAGCCAGGGGAGCAAACGUACUGCGCCUGAGCCAGCAGCAGAGCAACCACCGAAGAGACAGCGGCCGGCACGCAAGCCAAUAACGACGAUUGCGGACAGCGACGAGAGUGAUGACGAACUCAAGUUUAGGUUCGGGAAGAGACGGUAA